UCAUGACACGUUGUCCUGUUGUAUGUAAAAGCGAGUCCUCCUUCGAUUCUCUCACAGUCGAAAUAACAACCAAAUUGAAGGAGACGCCAAAUACUAACCCUAACCCAGCCAUGAGCCUGAACCCCACAUCCUCACCAACGGACCUGAACCCAGCCAAGAAGUCGAAGCCGAACAGCCCCGAGCUACCAGAAUAUGAACUUCCUGAGUGCCAGAUAGAUGCUGAUGUUCUAAAACUCUCACCAGAAGAAAGGAUGCGAAGGAGUUGGUUGGCCUUUGGCGAAGAAUUGAAGAAAAAUCCUCCUCCAAAGGGUGUCUUACCCGAUGGACCAAAAUUCGAUCCUUCACAACCUUUACCAAAGGGAUAUGCAUGGAGUUCUUACAUCCCUGGGAGUGGAAUUAAAUCUUUUCCUGUUAGGAUGCAUUGCAUUGGCUGUGGCCUGGCUGGAGAUCACUGGACUGAUGACUGCCCAAAAAAGGGUACUGAAGAGUUCAAGAGGAAUUUCACCAGUAUUGUCGAGAAUUAUCUUGAUGAGACCGGGAAAAAGACCAAGUAAUGUUCUGUGGAUGAGUCGUAUUUUAACAGGCUACACUACUUAUCCCUCCAUCAUGUUAAUUAUCUUAUGAUCUACCCAAGUCCUCUGGAUGUUAGGAACUUUUGUUACAGUCUUGUGUUUGUGAACUAGGCUAAAACAUAUUGUUAUUUAACUUGUGAGAGUAUUCUGGCACCAUCUAAUGUAAUAUUUGUUGUGCCAAUGUAUUAUCUUGUUUAAUGAUCUAUCUUUCUGAUCGACUUUAGGUGGACUAUGUUUG